CGAGCCCUGGUUCAUCACGAAGAAUCUCAUACUGUUCUUUGUUUGCUUAUUCGUAGGCCUUAAAUUUAGCACCAAGAUGGCAAGUUUCAACUGUUUCAUCUUAGCUCUCCUCAUUGCUUUCUCUUUUCCAGGCGGCGAGGCAGCUCGUCAUCUUCUGCAAUUGCCCCCUUUACCUGCCGUGCCGAAUUUGCCUAAACCAACAUUGCCACCAAUGCCUUCUAUACCAACACUGGCACAGCCCCCCUUGCCAACUUUGCCCACCACACAACCUUCACUGCCUAAACCCACUCUGCCUCCACUUCCCAGCCUCCCAACAACGCCUAGUCUCCCCAAGGUGACCUUGCCUCCACUUCCAAGCAUGCCCUCAAAUAUUCCCACUAUCCCUAUCCCAACUACAGUUCCCACUAUCCCUAUCCCAACUACAAUCCCCUCUAUUCCAUUCCUCUCCCCACCACCAGCUGGAAACUAGUUUCAUUUUGAGUUUGAUUAUCGAGUUAAUCGUCAUGUCGAAGAUAUCUUUUGAGUGCUUGGUUCUUAUACUUGUCUAUGGAGUAGUGUGAAGAAUUGUGUUGUUUGUUUACUUUCAUUUGAGCAUUGUGGAUUCCAUUUGUCUCCUUGUAUCAUAUAUAUGAACUUUCACAUUUAAUUACUA